AUGAACGACUCCGAUGGCUCUUCAGGAGGGCCUGAAGCACCUGACAGCACCCCUGAGGUGCGCAUGAUGGCCUGCCUGUUGAUGGACAAUCGUCAGACCAUCACGGCCGACGCACCGAUAGCGACCUUGAAUCGCGAAGGUAUUGCUGCAUUCUUCGACUUUAACAGCAAGCUUUCUCACGAGCAAGCCGUCCAAUUCAUCCGAGAGAUCAAUAUUGAGAGCUGGGAUCCAUUUGACCUUGAGCCUAGCUUUGUUCAAUACCUUCACGAAAUCUUGUGCUCAAAUGUCAGCGAUGGGCAGUCUGGCGAGAAUGAGCCACAGCUAGGAGACAGUCUCCCCAAGAAGAACAUCGGCCUUUUUCUUUUCCGUUGCCGCCGAUCGUUCCCAUCCCUGGAUAUACACAAAGACUUCAUUCUCCAAGAGAUCAAGCGUAUAUUGUCUGUCUGCGAUGAGCCUGCUCAAUCUCGCCCUCCGACGUCGCCGCAGAGCGCUCUACCUAUGCGACUUAGACUAUCUCGAUUAAUUUCUUACGCCCGAGUUCAUCUCGGCCUAUCAGCUAUCAAGUCGUAUCUGGAAGUACCGGCUAUGCGUGCAGACAAAUCCCUGGAGGAACUUUAUGGUCCUAAUUGGGUCGAGGUGACAAGCAUAGAAAACUACGUGACGAAGCUGGCAAAUACGGUCGACUGCAAGGAAGCGUUGUCGUUGAUCGAGCUUCUUGGUGCCCUCAAGGUUUAUUAG